AUGGCUUGUAAAUCUUUGCUUAACGUGAUGAUGAACAAUCCAUGCAUGAUCAAUCUUGUUAAGUUCCCAGCUGUUGAUCCUGCCAUGAUCAACACCCCAGAAAGACGAUACUCUUCUAGGUCUAAUUUCACCAAGAAGAUCUGUUGUAGUACUACUGUUCAAAUUACGUCUUUACCCUCAUCACUUUCAUCUGCAACUAGGGUUUCUUCUGUUCCUCCAAGCUGUUUAGCUCUUAACUGGAGAGAUGUUCAAGGUUUAAACAACUGGGAAGAUCUCAUUCAACCCUUAAAUCCUCUUCUCCAACGUGAAAUCAUCCGAUACGGAAAGUUUGUCACCGCCUGCUACGAUGCUUUUGAUCUGAACCCUAAUUCGAGCCGCUACCUGAACUGCAAGUACGGCAAGAACCGCCUGUUUUCGGAGGUAGGGUUGGGUGACUCGGGUUAUGAGGUUACCAAGUAUGUUUACGCCACCGCUGACAUCAGCAUUCCGAUCCAGAAUGGUGGUUCGUCCGCCCGGUGGGUGGGGUACAUUGCGGUGUCAUCAGAUGAAGAGAUGAAGAGGAUUGGGAGGAGGGAUAUUUUGGUAACUUUCCGUGGGACAGUUACUUAUCCCGAGUGGAUAGCAAACUUAAUGAGUUUGCUAUCUCCUGCCAGGUUGGAUCCUGAUGAUCCCAAACCUGAUAUCAUGGUGGAGGCUGGAUUCCUCAACCUCUACACUUCUUCCGAGACGAACAUCAGGUUUGGUCUCCAAAGUUGUCGAGAACAGCUUCUUUCAGAAGUUUCUCGGCUUUUAAGAAGGUAUAAAAAUGAAGAACUGAGCAUAACGUUAGCAGGACAUAGCAUGGGUAGUUCCCUAGCUCUGCUACUCGCAUAUGACAUCGCGGAACUAGGACUAAAACGACCCACCGUUUCGUUAACGGUUUUUUCAUUUGCAGGGCCGAGAGUUGGGAACGUCCAUUUCAAGGAACGGUGUGAGGAGUUGGGAGUGAAAGUUCUUAGAAUCGUUAACGCGAACGAUCCUAUAACGAAACUCCCAGGAUUUAUAUUCAAUGAGACUUUUAGGGUUUGGGGGUGUGCUAGUUAUGCUCAUGUCGGUAUCGAGUUGGUUCUCGAUUUCUUCAAGAUCGAUGACAUUUUGUGCGUUCACGACAUGCAAACUUAUAUCGAGAUGAUCAAGAAUUGUCCAGGGAGAUCGAAAAUUCGAAGAAAACGAAUGGAUUUGAUGAAAAAAUUGAAAGGAAUGAAGAUGAAAACCUCAUUAGUACCAUGGAGAUAUGUUGCAAUAACAUGUGUUGUGUACCAUGGUUGUGUAACGUUAGCAAAUAUGAUGAGGUUAGCUUACCCAUAA